CAGCUUCAGCGUUCAAGAAUCAAGAUAUAGACCUGAGUUGGAAGUUGUAAUUCCUACUAUGCGCCAGCGCCACUAGAAAAGCAGAGUCCAUUGAUCGAUCGACAAUAAUGCCGCUCCUCUCCGCGCAACUCCUCCUGCUGCCCCUCCCCGACGCGCACCACCACCGCGCUCUCCUCCCGCCGCCCUUGCCAUCGCCGUCUUGCUCGCGGCCAUUGUCGUCCCCGCUUCGGUCACGGCGGUCCUCCACCUCCGCGGCGAGAACGGGGCUGCGAGUCCUCUCUCCUGACACCUCCAUCGCCGUUACCACGGACGCACAGCCAGGUUCGGCAGAUAACACCACCGGGUGGGCGGAGUUCGCGUCGCGGGUGUCUGGCGAGUGGGACGGCCUCGGCGCGGACUUCACGGCGGCCGGCGACCCCGUGGAGCUGCCGGAGAGCGUGGUCCCGGAGGCGUACCGCGAGUGGGGCGUGGAGGUGUUCGACUGGCAGACGCAGUGCCCCACGCUCGCGGACCCCGCCGCGCCGUGCGCGCUCCACUACCGCCUCGUCCGCCUGCUCCCCACCGUCGGCUGCGAGGCCGACGCCGCCACCGUGCACACCUCCCACCAGCGCCACGCCGCCUCCGCCGCCGCCUUCGCGUACGCCGCCGGCGGCUCCUACGUCGCCGCGUGGCCCAAGGGCCCCGCGCCCGUGCUCGAGGUGGAGCACUGCAUCGUGCGCCCCGGCAGCGCCGAGGUGCGGGUACGGGUGGUGCAGACCGUGGCGCUGGGAAAGGAGGCCCGCCUGCGCGGCCUCAAGGUGUUCUCCGAGCAGUGGUACGGCCCGUUCCGCAACGGUGAGCAGCUCGGCGGCUGCGCCGUCCGGGAGACCGCCUUCGCGGCCGGCGAGAAGCUCGACGUGGCCGAGGUGCUGGGCCAGUGGGAGACCACGGAGGUCGCGGCCGCGAGGUUUUCCGACGAGCUGGACCCGGAGACCGGCAAGUUCGCGGAGCUGUCGCCCGACGAACCAAGCAAGCUGCGGAGAGACGCGGACGGCGUCGUGGCGCUGCCGAAGCAGCUGUGGAGCGCGUUCAGGGAGCACGGCGACGGCGAGUUCCUGUGCGAGGUCGGGUGGGCGCUGGGCGGCGGCAGCGCGGUGACGUCGCGGUGCGUUCUGUCCAAGGACGGCGACGUCAAGGAGAUCACUGCUGCCUACGAGUCCCGGGUGUCGGGGGGCACCUGAUCUCAACCUUCAGCUUCAUCCAGAGAAUUGUUUGAGCCGAGAAAGAACACUGGGAUCAAGAGCUUGAUCAGUGGCCACUCCAUUUUCACAAAUCCAAGGAUGGCCUGGCAUUCAUAUAUAAUAAUCAGUUUUAACAGUAAAGACGUACAGAUUAUGCAAUUCCUAAAACAAUUAGGGGAACACAACCUAUUGUGGAAACAGAGCUAACAGCUAAGAGCAACUGAAUUGAUCGAAGACAUAGGUAAGACUUAAGAUAUACUUACGUAGUACUUCAUGGGCUUUCAGACGCUCUGAAGGACAAGGGCAGAGCAUCUUUCUUAUAAGAUUCUUUGCAGUUUCAGAUA